AUGUUCGUCAAGCAAUACUUGAACCUUGGGUUGGUCAUCCUCAAAACCCUUUACAAGAACAUAACCAACUUGACAAUGAAGACGAUCCAUGGAGGAGCAUAUGUUACUCGCCUUGCACGCUACUUCAGAAUCAAUUUGGAAGAAUGCAAGUGCACAACCAUCCGCUCCACUCAGCUGUUCACUAGGGAUAACCUAACCAAGAUGCAAUUUUUGGAGGUCACCAACAACAAGAAGACCAUCAAGGGCAUAAUUCCUUGA